UGGCGGCGCGUCGCCGUGUUCGCAUGUUGUGUGUAUUCGUCUCUUUUCGAUGUCAUCACUUGCUCCCGUCGUCGUCGUGCCGUGCCGCCCCCCUUAGUACCCUUCAAUCGUCGCCUCCACCGUCCCCGCGCUGUGACAUCAUUCACAUCAUUUGACGUCAUUGUUUAACCCUUUUAUCGGUAAAUUAGGCCGCCCGCCUUCUUCGCCAAAACGCUUUUGACGAAAAUAAGAGUUUAUUCAUCGAAAAUCGCGUGUAAAUUUGGCGAAUUCUCUUCGCAAUUUUUCGCGCUUCGUGUGAAGCGCGACGAAUGGUCGCGAAUUUGGAGAUUAAAGGAUCAAUUAUCGUAUCGUUGAGCGAGUGUGAUUUCGCAAAUUUCUCCGAACCGGAGUGACGGAGUGACAUGCGUGUCCUCGUGUCCAGAUACCGCGUAUCUCUCUUCCGCGAAGCGAACUUUAAUCGGGACACGAGGAAGAUGUAAAAACUCGAAGUGUCUCUUCCGGAAACUGCGCCGCAUGUUGGUGGUGUCGUGAAUGAGGAUUACACUUGGCGCAAAAUGGAGACAUCACUUGUGAUUCCCGGCGAAAAAGACCUCUUGAGAUGUCGCGAAGACGUCGAACGCGGCGGCGUCCGGUAUCUCUGAAGGGGAGAUGCACUUUGCGAGGAUGCACGGGUGAUACAGGACAGGCUUCGACAAAAUGUUUAUCAAGGAGUAUCGCAUACCGUUGCCUCUCUCGGUAGAGGAGUAUCGAAUCGCUCAGCUGUACAUGAUAGCGAAAAAAUCUCGGGACGAGAGCAAGGGUGCCGGUAGCGGCGUGGAGAUAAUCCAGAACGAGCCGUACAGCAACGGUCCAGGCGGUAACGGGCAGUACACACUCAAAAUCUUUCACGUGGGCAGUCACCUGCCGGGCUGGUUCAAGAGCCUCCUGCCCAAGUCGGCGUUGAUCGCCAAGGAGGAGGCAUGGAACGCCUAUCCGUACACCAAGACCCGGUACACGUGCCCGUUCGUGGGGAAGUUCUCCGUCGAGAUCGAGACCUACUACUUUCCGGACAACGGCCACCGGGAGAAUGUCUUCAAUCUCACCGGCAGUGAUUACAGGAACAGGAUCGUGGACGUGAUCGACAUUGUCAAAGAGCAGCCGUACGGGGCCGACUACAUGAAGGACGAGGAUCCGAAGCUGUACGUGUCGGAGAAGACCGGAAGGGGCCCGCUGGAGGACUCGUGGCUCGAGGAUUAUUGGGCCGAUGUGGAAGGAAAGCAACAGCCAACGCCGUCGGGCAAGUCACUAAUGUGCGCGUACAAGCUAUGCCGAAUAGAGUUCCAUUAUUGGGGCAUGCAAACGAAAUUAGAAAAGUUCAUAGACGACGUAGCUCUGCGGAAGACGAUGGUGCGGGCGCACAGGCAGGCCUGGGCCUGGCAGGACGAGUGGAUCGGUCUGACGAUGGAGGACAUCAGGGAGAUCGAGCGGCAGACGCAGUUGGCGCUGCAGCGGAAGAUGGGUCUGGGUGACUCGGAGGGCGGCCCGGGUGAGCUCGAGGACGGAGAGACGCGGAAGAGCGCGACGGCGACAACGACGACGUCAAACACGACGGCGACGGCGACGUCGACGGAGCAGUCGGCGGUGGCCAAGACGCUGGCGGCCACCCUGGGCAGCAUUGAGAAGAACGAGGUGGUGCAGAGCCCGCCGUCCCUCAGGAAGCCGUCCGACAUUCCCAUCAUCAAUACAGCGGCCAGCUCCGAGGGCGAGAUCAGUCCCGGGGACUCGCCGGUCGACUUGGAUGAGAUCAAAAGCGCGGCCACCGGUGGAAAGACCAAGAAGAAAUGGAUGAAGAACAACAUGCCCCUGCAUUCGCCGAAUACGAAUAAGAACUUCGACAUCCAGAUCGCGAACUGGAGGCUGGAAAGCAUUGUCAGAGAGUCGGAAUCCGGCAGCGACGACGAGUUCUUCGAUUGCCAGGAGGACUUUGAAGAUAGCUCUUCGUUAGCUAAAUGGAGUUCUUUGGAUCUUCUAGCAGAAGGGGAAGACGCGACUGUGCGAACACCAUCUGCGACAAACGAGCAAGAGGAUACGAUAUUUUCACCUUCGUAUCUUCAACGUAUAACCAGCGAACGAAGCAGUAAGAGACUGCUUGAGAUCAGCACGUCGGCCAGCAUCGACAUGUCGUGUCCAGCGUCCCCUCAACAUUCCCCUACGCAUCAACCGUGCAAAAUUACUGUUUUAAUUAUCGUGAUGCACGGCGGUAGCGUUUUAGAUGCGAAUGUCGAUUUAACGGCGAAAAAGUCAGACAUAACGACAUUCCGUGGAGCUUUUGAAUCCAUCAUGAGAACGCAUUAUCCUAGCAUGGUCGGUCACGUAUCCAUUAAAUUCGUUUCCUGUCCUUCCAUCUGCACCGAAGGCCUGGGAAUUUUGUCAAGCCUGAGUCCAUACAGCUUCGACAUGUCGCCUUCGUGCAUGGACGCUCCACAAGUGACGCACGAUACCAUCCCGAUCGGCGCGAUUCCGCUACUGGCGAGCUCGAGUUCCGAAUAUCAAGAGACAGUGUCGCGCGUGGUGAUGAGUGCCAAUCAAGUGUACCAUGACUUCCUCAAGAGCGACGAGGGUAAAGGUUUCAGCGGACAGAUCUGCUUCGUGAGUGAUUCGGUGGGGUCGAUCCUGACCUACGAUGCCCUGUGCAGGGCGACACAGCACUCGAGGCACAGCAGCGAAAAUAGCAUUCUGGAGGGUAACGGCCAGCAGGGCAACGAGAACAGUGGAAACGAAGAUGGUAAGCAUCUGUCUGCGCCGUCUCCUAGAAGAAGGUCUUCUGGCACGAGUGACAACAAGCUGGAUUUCGAAGUGGGUGACUUUUUUAUGUUCGGUAGUCCGCUCGCGCUAGUCCUCGCUUACAGAAAGAUCAUCGCGUCCAACGAUAAGAAUAGUUUCAUACCCAGGCCGUUAGUUAAUCAAGUGUACAAUCUGUUUCAUCCUACGGAACCUGUGGCCGCGAGAUUAGAACCCUUGAUCUCAGCGAGGUUUUCCUUGAUUGCGCCGGUCAACAUUGCCGAAUAUGUAAAGUACCCGCUCGGCAAUGGUCAGCCUUAUCACUUGCUGGAGACUAUCCAGACCAAUCCGCAGCUGUUCGCUGAUGGAUUGAAUGUUCCCAAUUUUCAAAUGUCGCAUUUAAGAAGAUUAUCCGAUAUAUCAAUUCAAAGUACAAUGUCAGGCAUUAACGACAAUGUUCCUCUACAGGCAGUGUCUGCUAUGAUGCAAAAAUGGUGGGGCACCAAAAGACUAGAUUAUGCACUCUAUUGUCCAGAGGGUCUCACUAAUUUUCCUACAAACGCCUUGCCGCAUAUCUUCCACGCUAGUUAUUGGGAAUCUUCGGACGUAAUCGCGUUCAUUUUGAGGCAAUUGGGUAGAUUCGAUGCGCCAUUGCUCGGCAACGAGGAAAAAGAUCUCACUUGCUUCCGUCCAGGUCAACCCAGAGAAAAAUGGAAUAAGAAGCGUACCUCCGUUAAACUUAAGAAUGUUGCUGCCAAUCACAGAGCGAAUGAUGUCAUCGUGAGGGAAGGUGUACCACAAGUAUUAGUCGCUAGGUUUAUGUACAGUCCUAUUGAUAUGAUAACUUUAACAGGUGAGAAAGUUGAUAUCCAUAUUAUGAAAAACGCACCGGCAGGCGAGUGGACGUUCCUCUCUACUGAGGUAACUGACAAAAAUGGUAGAAUAAUUUACAAAAUACCAGAUGACAAAGCGCUAGGUUACGGACUUUAUCCAGUGAAGAUGGUUGUAAGGGGAGAUCAUACAUCUGUAGAUUUUUUCAUGACUGUAAUACCGCCGAGAACUGAGUGCGUGGUUUUUAGCAUAGACGGUUCUUUUGCCGCUAGUAAGUCGGUGAGUGGGAAAGAUCCAAAAGUCUGGGCUGGUGCUGUCGAUGUUGUGAGGCAUUGGCAGGAACUGGGUUACCUUAUCAUUUAUAUUACCGCGAGACCCGAUAUGCAACAACAGACAGUAGUUUCCUGGUUGUCGCAGCAUAAUUUUCCUCAUGGUCUUGUCUCAUUUGCCGACGGCCUGUCCAGGGAUCCGCUCGCCCACAAAGCCGCCUACUUGAAUAAGCUUGUGAAGGAGCACGGUAUGAUAAUCCAUCAGGCGUACGGCAGCGAGAAGGACAUUAACGUGUAUACGGCGGUAAGUCUCAAACCGAGCCAGAUCUUCAUCAUCGGCAAAGUAUCCAAGAAGCAUCAAGCCAUGGCGACAAUACUGUACGACGGGUAUGCCGCUCAUUUGAGCACGCUGCAGGCGCACGGGGGUUCGCGGCCUGCUCAGGGCAACGCGCGCAUGGUGAUCCCCAGAGGUCAAUUCGGCUUACCAGGACAAAAUGCUUCCCUGCGUCGACGAAGCUCUUUUAGGACGACAAAGCGUGCGAUCUCGCAGCCACCCUUAGGCAAGACAUCCUUCCCGUUGGAACGAUCAACCAGUGUGGGCCCAUCCGUCACGCCUGCAUCAUCAGCCAGCGUUCACCAAUCAGCAACGACCGAGAAACUCUGACGAUUUGCACGCUGCCGCUCGUUCUUCGAGUCGCGGCGGUAGCUCGUGAAGAAAAGGACACGAUUCUUGGUUCCGUAUUCCGGUAGCUCCUUUUAUUCCGUAGAUCGUUAUAUUUUGUGAUGAUCUUAUAAUAGAUUUUUACGACGUGUGAUUCAUGAUUCACCGAGAGCAGUCACGCGGAUAUCUCGUAUUAUAGAUCUUUUACUGAUGUCCUGUAGACGACGUAUAUUAGGUGUUGUUGUCUCAUUUCGUCGUACCUCGUAUCGUAAAUUUCCUCGAACUAUUUUCGCAGAUUUAUAUGGUAUUAUAGAUACUUUAGCCUUCUCGAUCUUGAGCAUUUUUAGUUUCGCACGCGGAGUGCUAGUUCUUAAUGACAUUUGAAAUCACUUCGUGUUUAUUCGUUUUACAUUAUGUGUGUUAGAUCCCCAAAAUUUCGAGUCUCAAUUCGAAAAUCUCGAGACUCGAGGAUUGACAAUUAAAUGAAGAAAUUAUUGUAUACAAGUCAUGCGCGGAUGAAUGAGCGUAAAAUUACUCUAAAAAUUAUUAUUACCCUAAAAAUUUGUUAUCUGAUUCUUGGACUCUCGAUUAUUUAUUUAUAUAUUUAUGAUCUCUAUAUUGGUUUGAUUGAAAUGUACAAUAAUUAUAAAUCAAAAUUUAACAUUAGAUAAAAUUCUAGCAAAAUAGUGUCGUUUAUAUCCUUGGACUGAACAUUUAGUUAAUUACAAGGAAAAUAUAAAUAAUAUUAGAUAAUGUUUAUUGAUUUAUUUUAACAUUCGUUUUUAUUUAUAAUGCGUAUUUCGAAAACAUAGAGAUCAAAGUAAACGACAGAAAUCUUCAGGAAAUCGGACUGAAAAUUUUUAGACUGACGAUCUACGCUUGACGAUCUAUGGCUUAUAUACGAUAAUUUAUGUAUUUCUAAAUCUAAUUUUACAGAUUUUUCGUUUUAUAUAUGUAUAUAUAAAUUUUUAAUUCCAUAAUCUCUUGCGUUAUCUAUAGAUUCUUAGUUUCACGAAUCCUUGUACAGCUUCUCUACUAUAUGACUUCUGUAUUAAUGAACUAGCACGUCUCUCUCGUAUUAUUCCAAUAAAUAAAAUUUUACCUAUUUAAAAGAAAGAUAUCCAAGAUUUAUCUUUUAUAUACUUUGUGUAAUUUUUAUACCGCAAUUUAUCAGUAAUCUCAUUUUACACUCACAAAUACUUAUCUAAGUACAUCCUUUUUUUUCGAUACGUGAGUGACGCAAGGGUAUGAAUUGAAAUAUCAAUGGAAUUUUAUUUAGCGGAAUAAUACGCCGAGAAUGUGAGAACUUGUUGAAACUGUUACCUGAGUCUCCCUGUUGUUAUUAAGGAGAAGUAACGUAAUGUUAUCUGUGACGCUUAGAGGUAAUUAGCGUAAGAACUGUUAGCACUCUACUCAUUGCCAAAUGUUACAUAGAGACGUAAUACGUAAUGCUCUGCGAAGUCCGCGACAAGAGUUCUUUCAGGGCUAUUUCUCCUCGCGUGAGAUAUUCAUAUCGCUAUGGCAAGAAAGACAGUCGUAAAAAUGAAGGGGACAUGCUUAGUAACACUGAUUUACACAGAUGUUACUUGUUUUACACGCCGAUUUUAUCCAUUUGACUUUACAAUUUUAUUCGUUCUAAGAAAAAAAUUUAAUAUCUACCUACGAAAUAUUAUUUACCCAUGUACACAAUCAUACACCGAGAAUAUAUAUUUUGUAUUAUUUGUAUAAUAUUUAUUAUUCAAUUAGCUGACAAGGCAAAUAUAAAUAUGCGUAUCAUUUGUAUACUGAAGAAAAUGAUAUAAGACAAUAUUAACGGGGUAAUUUGAAAAAAAAACGAUAGUGCGAUUAUUUGUAGGAGAGAACACGAUGAUCAGUGUGAGAUAAAAAAUGUUGAUUUGAGUAACGAGAAGAAAAUCUCUUUUAAAUCGUUGUCCCUACGCUAAUAGAUUUGUCCUCUCUAACCCUUUUUUUACGACACGGUACUUCAGGAACGUUCUUAAAAAAACAUAACCGAGAGACCUAUUCGUGCAUUUAGUUGAGAAAGUCGGAAGCGUAUCGUAUUUACAAGACGAAGCAUCGACGCGUCCACAGACGCGCGCGACAAGCGGGUACAAAAGCUACUUCUCUCUUACUAUAACAUAGUCGCGUAAAGCUGUAGCUGGCGAUGUAAAUACGUUUAGAGAUGUUGUGUAAAUAAUUACAUUAUCCGUGGAUAAAUGUAUUAGAAGAAGAUCGCGAUCAUAUUUACAUGACUGGCUGCUAGAUGCUUCGUCGAUAAAAACGUGCCAAGGAAAAGCGCGCGAUUCGGAGCUGAGAUGAAUUGACGCUGAUUUCCGAUAUGGAAUUCCAUCCCCCCCCCCCCCCGAUCUCUCUGAUCCUGCAGAUCUAUUAGGGAGAAUCUUCGAGAGUCUCGCAGCGACGAUUCACAGAAAGAAAGAAAAAAAAAUAGAUUCUUCUUGGCUCUGAAUCGCGGCGAUAUGACGGGGAAUAGGAGUGACAUAAUCAACGGUGUUUCAUUACGCUUAAAUCUAUUACAAUCAAUGUUAGAAAGUGGUAAAAUCUUUCCUAUAGACGCGAUUUUUUCGCUGUACACGGUGUUCCGAGUCUUGCAUCGGAAUUCCGGAAGUGCACUACGCUGUUUCGAUGAUGGUCGAUCAUUUUCGUAGCAAAAAAUCUGACAAUCCUAUUAUUUUAAUCCUUUCAUUUUCAAGACUGCGAAAUAUAUGUGUAAUAUCCUUUAAUCUCGCUCAUUAAGGCUUCGUUUAAAUUGUCGUUUUAAUUAUUUUUAAUGAUAUUUUUAUAUACGUUAAAUUUAUUAUUAUUCAAGAUAUAUCGGAUUAUUCGUUUUAGUGGAAGUGUUUCGUUCAAGUUUUAAUUUUUUUUUAUGUUACAUGUAAAUGACAGAUCAAAAAAUUAAAAAAAGGCACGAGACAAACCUUGAUAUACUGACUUUCGUCGCUCUCGGGACACCCUGUAGAACGCGAAUCAAGCGCGACGAGGGUGACGGAGAUUAAUUUGUCGGCAUGUUUCUCGGUGAUUCGCCGUUAUUAAUCUCCCGAUCCUGAUACAAGGAAGCAUUACGUAUUGCUCAAACUGCUAUACUAGCUGGUGGUGCUUGCAUUACGCAAGUUAACAUUAUCAUUAAUAUUGACUGUUUGUAUUGUUGUAAUAUGGCAUGAGAAAUAUAUAUAGUUCUAUAUUAUACAGAUGUCUACGUAUAUUAAUAUUAAAUGAGAAAAAAAAAGAUAUGUAUACACAUGUACAAGUUGCAAACUUGGAGAUAUAUACACGAAUGCAUAUAUACAUUUAUGCGCGUGUGUGCGUGUGUGUAUACAUAGACAUGUAUAUAUGCAUUCCGGCGCGGUGUCCGCGAAAUCGUGCGUCGGACGAGGGACUUCCGGAUUCAGGUGGUUGCGCUUUUUUCGGGAAAUCUUACAUCUUUGUUGACGAAGAAAUCUUCCCAAGUUCUGAUCCCAAAUGACCGAAACCUGCGUGUAUAUGCGUUAUCGCGCGGUCGACGACGAGAAUAUAUUGUCCGGAGACGCGGAAGGAGAGACAUCGAAGCGAGAUAAAUUUCUUGAGGUCGUUCGCGCCGGCGUUAGGGGCUUUUCUUUUUCAACGUUACUUACAAAUGUUGCGACUAUAAGAUUGCUUACCGAUAAUCAAGAUUAAUUAUUUUAUUAACUAGAGCUAAGUGAUUCUAAAUAAAUUAGCUUGUAAUCGACUAUUCAAUCGCUAUUACGGUUAAGGCUAAUCGGUUACAGAUAUAUAGACGUGCUGUAAAGUUAACAAAUAAGAUUUUUAAUAAUCACUACAAAUAUUGUGGAUGUGUAACUAGGAACUCUAGUCAGCCCGUGACUAAGGACGAUCUAGCAACGCGUGUAGCUAAUUAGUGCCCUUUAUCAUUGUCCUCAUUGACAAAGUGGACGUUUUUAGAGUUUUUGGCGGGAGGGGAAAGAUACGGAGACGAGAUACAAAUCGCUCGCGCGCAAAAGCUAAACUCCGAAAAGCGGUCCUCGAGCGAGACGCACGAUUCGGCGGACGCUCCGUAGAUUAGAUAAGCGACUGCAAGAGAUAUUUUACUUAUAUACUAUAUUGGAGACGGACGAUCACAUUGUACUGACAAUGAGCGGUAAUGAGAGUUAUAUUUUUAUUAGUAAACGUAACGUAAAAAAAAAAAGUGACGUAUUGUAAUAAACUAACCGAGGAAUCAUUGUUUUGUAUUAUGCUCUCUCGCUCUAGUGUGUAACAAUUGUUUUAUAUAUACAUAUAUGUAUAUAAUGUUGACGAUCACGGUUCGAUUCUCGGCACUUAUCCUCCCCUCGCCUUUCCUCCCUCCCUCCCUCCCUCCCACCCUCUCCCCUUCUCUCCUCCAGAGAUCGAAUCGGCCGCAGCGAGACAUCCGUUUCUUUUCUUAGUUAAGGGAGAUAAUGGAGAUGACGCUUAGCGGACAAAAAACUGUAUUUCAUUUCCUUUAUUGGAUAUUAAUAAAUGAUAAAUCUAUA